AUUAAUGUUAGUGGCAAUUCCUUAUUUGCUGUGCCUGCCAAUCAAGAAUUUGUUUACGUUUCCACAUCGCAACCGGUUAUAGAGGAUCCUGUUGGAUUUUUUAUAUCACAGCUGAGAGAUUUUUGUUCAAUUUCUAAAGAAUCUGAUACCUCCUCUUUAAGAUUAAAAAGCUAUGCACUGAGUCGUCGUGGAAGCAUGCAGAACGUCAAUGCUGUAGGAAACGGAAGUGGAAAACUGUCAUUUUUAUCGGAAGAAAGUACAAGCGAUCACAGUUUUCAUUCAUUCCUCUGGCAACACAUUCAAAUGGCUCUUACUAAAGGAUUUGACGAUAAUGUUGGACGUCAUCCAAUUCCUGCUUAUUUUGAAUUGCCAUCAGUAAAGACCUGGUUUGAAAUUUCCAAUAAAUUGUAUAAUUGGUUUUUAAGUGAGCCCAAAGAAUCGAGAAGUAGCUCCAUUCACAAUAGUCUGAGAACCGCAUUAGACAUCGACGUACGAUUUUCAGAAGGGCGAUGUGGAAAAGUUUUGCCGAUAGCAGCCGCCGCAUAUCAAGAAAAUCUUCCGUCUCAUUAUACAACAGAAUAUCAUCAAAGAAAGUUAGCUCAUGCACUACAAGUGUUUUCGAUGCAUGCUAGAGGACCGGCUUUUCAAAGGUAUGCGCAUCAACUGAGAGAAGACUGCGAAAGAUUAUGGCAUACUGGGCAUCAAAUGUGUGAAAUUUUGAGUCUUACCGGAAAUCAAUGCAUGAAUCCAGUAAGUGUGUUUAGAAAUUUUAACUUUUAUAUAUUAUAAAUUGUAUUUUAAAUAAGA